UCUCUUAAAAGUACAAAUGAUAAGAUUUGAAAAAGACUCUUAUGUGCAGUUAUAAAGUGAUUCGCCUAUUUAUUUAGCUUCAGUGUGAAAGCAGUUUUGGCAGGAAUCAGUUGAAAAUCCAAAAAUAUUGCAUCGAGAGUUAAUACUAAGUGCAAAAAUAUAAAUUAUUCUCAUAUUCUUUAAGAUGGAUCCCCUCACAAUCCCUUGUGCUUCCCAAAGCGCAGGGCCAGUGCAUCAGUUACUAGGUGUACUUAUCAACACCCUAAUUUCGGCCCAAUGUGCAAUCUCUCCCCCGGAAGCCUGGCCAAAGGAUUAUGGUCCAACAGUGCUUGAAAAAGGUUUUGAGGAGUAUGACUUUAUUGUUGUGGGAUCUGGAUCAGCUGGUGCUGUAGUUGCAAGUCGUUUGAGUGAAAAUCCUGACUGGAAGGUAUUACUUCUGGAAGCCGGAGGUGAUCCUCCAGUAGAAGUCGAGAUUCCAGCAACAUUCUAUUAUCUCCAAGAUUCAGAUUAUGACUGGAGAUAUCGAACGGAAUAUUCCAAUAAAGCCAGUAAAUCAAUUCCUGGUGGAAGUUUCUGGCCUCGAGGAAAACUACUAGGUGGAACUAGUUCCAUCAAUGCAAUGAACUACAUUAGAGGUAAUCGUCGUGAUUAUGAUCAAUGGGAAGCAAAAGGAAAUCCAGGAUGGGGAUGGAAAGAUGUGCUAUAUUACUUCAAGAAAUCCGAAGGCAAUCAAAAUACCGAAGUUUCAGAUGCUCAUGGUGGAAAAUUCCACAAUAAAAACGGACCUUUGAAAGUUUCUUUCUUCGCCAACACUGAACCAUUGAAGCUGGUAUUUCCAGAAGCUGCAAAAGAUUUAGGCUACAAAUACCUAACAGACUUCAAUGGUGAAGAACACCUUGGAUUUGGCAUAGCUCAAGGAUCUGCUGCUGAUGGCGUACGAAUGAGUACAGCAAGAGCUUUUCUAAUCCCUGCCAAGGAUCGUCCUAAUUUGCACGUUGUGAAAAAUGCCCAUGCCCUGAACAUAGAAUUCGAUGGCAAAACGGCAACGGGAGUAAAAGUGAAAUUGAAUUCGAAAAAAGUCCUUGUUGCAAAAGCUAAAAAAGAAGUGAUUAUAUCUGGGGGAGCAAUCAAUACACCUCAUAUCCUCAUGCUUUCGGGUAUCGGUCCAAAAGAUCAGCUAAAAGAGCAUGGUAUACCACUUGUAAUGGAUUUACCAGUUGGUAAAAAUCUUCAGGAUCAUGUUGUUGUACCCCUAUUCUUCCAAUUCCACAAAUCAAGUGCCGUUGCGAAGAGUCCAGAAGCCAUGGGUGAAGUGCUGUACAAGUAUCUUCUCAAUCGAAGUGGACCCCUUUCCAGUAUCGGUACUUCGGACAGUAUGGGUUUUGUUAACACAAAGAACGACAGUGUUUUCCCUGAUAUUCAAUUCCAUCACUUCUCAUUUGCUAAGAAAGCCCCAGAACUUGUAUAUGCCUUUGGUGCUUUCGGAUAUGAACAUAGCAUUGCUAAAAUUGUUAAAGAUGCUAGUCAAGAAGGUGAUGUAGGAUGUGUCUUGGUAACGCUACUCAAUCAAAAGUCUAAGGGAACAAUUGAACUGAGAGGUGCUGAACCAGAGUAUUAUCCUAAGAUUGAUGCUAACUAUCUCGAUGAUGACUAUGAUAUUGAAACUCUAAUGCGGGGUAUUCAGACUUAUAUGAAAUUCUUAGGUACCGAAACAUUCAAGAAACAUGAAGGCCAGUACAUCAGACUACCACUGUCAGAAUGUGACAGAUCAGAAUAUGCUUCUGAAAAGUAUUGGGAAUGUUAUAUUAGGCAUAUGGCUACAACUCUCUAUCAUCCAGUUGGAACAGCCAAGAUGGGUCCAGACUCUGACAAGGAAGCCGUUGUAGAUCCUCGACUAAGGGUCAAAGGUAUCAAAGGAUUACGUGUUGUUGAUGCUAGUAUCAUGCCUGACAUUGUGUCAGGAAACACCAAUGCUCCUGUAAUCAUGAUUGGAGAAAAAGGUGCGGACUUGAUCAAAGAGGACUGGAAAUAUGAUACGAACAGACAUGAAGAAUUGUAAACUGGAUUUUGGGUAGCAAUCAAUUUCUAGAUUUCAGUUUAAAAUGUGAAAAAAGUACGUCCUUAUCGAUCGUCGUUAAUACCUCGAUCUUUUUCAGCACUUUAUUCUCCCUAUCUUAAAACUUGUAUCGAAAUAACUUUAAGACUUUUCUUGUCAAUCACUAUGGAUAUAAGCGAUAAGAUAAUGAAUAAAAAGCAAAUGUUUUCAUGCAGAAAUUGUAA